UGAUCAGCAGCUGUGCUGGGGCAAUGGAGGAAGGGCAGCCCCAGGCACAGAAUGAUGCAAGUUUGGGCAUCUGAUGACGGCUUCUGGGGGAAGCUGAGAACUGUAGGAAAGGCCCCACCAGAAGACCGGGAAUCCCAAGUUAAUGAUUACAGUGCAGUAGAAGUAAGGACAAAAAAACGAGAGCUCAUGUGAGAAACCAGGAGGACUUUGGUGAAGUUGAAAAUGAGGCAGAGAGGGGAUUCUGAAUUGUAGGAAAUUCCAAGAGGCAGGCUCAUGUUCUGUUUGUGAAAAACCAAGUUUGGAAUGACUGACCAGUGGUAAGCCAAGAGAAGAUUCUGAAAUAUUCGGGAGCAUCUGAUAUCAAACGAAGGAGACUUUGAAUUACAAAUAGAAGAAAAUGGAAAAUCGAGGCAGUUUUGAGGAAGGGUAGCUUUGCAAUAUUUACAUAGAAUAUUUCAAUUGACUACAAUAUUUCACAGAAGAGAUCUAUAAGAAGCUGGCGUGAAGGCUGGAUUAAUGAGAAUUCCCUAAAGAUGACAGACAGAUGCUCCCAAUUUGGAAAUGAGAGCUGGAGGGAAGAACUGGGAAGGCCUGUCUCUGGUCCAUGUACACAUUCUCAAAGAAAUUUAGCACCGAGACUAACAUUCUUGGGAAACCAACCUGCAAGUGUCCUCCACUGACGGACAAACCAAGACAUUGCUGCUCCAUUGAGGACUGGCCAAGAAGCCAUGAAAUCCUUGACUGCAGGAGACUUGGAAGACUGCCUUAUGACUAAGGUGGGCGUGAGGCGCCAGCAGCUCUCCCAGAUUGUGGAGGAAGUGCAGAGGGUUGUCCACCAGCUGACCACAGAAAUCAGCCACCAAGACAUUCGAUUCCAGGCCGUCCCCUACUCUGACACGUACAAUGGGAACAUUAAGGUUUUGUCCCCCAGCCGGUUCCUGGUCACCGUCCCGGUGAAGGGCCUGGCCGGGUACAGGGAGGCGAGGGAGCAACGUUGGCGCUACUACACCCUACAGGGUACCAGGCUGUCCUGCCCCUUGCAGGACCCGGAGGGCCUGCAGCAGUGGCUGGAGGUGGAGCAGUUUAUGAAGAGCCUGUGGCAGUGGCAUGAGGCAGACGUGAACAUUGAGGGAGAUAUUGUACCCGCCAAGGUCCUCCAGGUGUUCCGGAAGCUGGUAGAAAAUGCAAUUGGAACCUGUCAUCUCUCAGGUAAGGUCAGCAUGCUAACACACCACUCUGCAGUUUGGGUUGCCGUGGAAACAGCCACAUGGCAGGUGGAGCUAGAGCUGGUCCCCACAGUGGAGAUCCCUACUGCCUGGUCUGAGAAAGCUCGGUGGCCUCCCUGUCUGAGGCGCUGGCCUUCCCGACAGAGAGUGGAGUGCAUCAAGUCAUUCGGGUUUGCCUUGCUGGCCCGUUCGCAGUAUCACUGGCAGCUGAGCUUCCUGCAGGCCGAGCAGGUGCUGUUGGCGCAGCUGGAUGAGGACGGGGGCUGCCGCAGCAGGUGUCUCCAGGCCCUGAGGCAGAUGAAGGAGGACGUCUGGUGUCCGGGAAAGAGGCCGGUCAUCACGUCCCACCAUCUGCAGACCGUGCUUUUUUGGACUUGUGAGAAAUACCCACACUUGAAGGACUGGCAGGUCUUCAGCAAAGCCUUCCUGCGCCUGGUGAGGAAACUGCACAAGUGCGUGAGCCAGCACUUUCUGAAGCACUAUUUCGUGCGAAAGAGCAACCUCCUCCGGUCUGCCAACUCGGGCGACCUGGACGCCGUGGCCCAGAGACUGGCCCUCUUCCUGAAGAACCCCCAGAUCAGCCUGCCCUGAAGCUGCCCCUGCCUGGGAGGCUCUCAGACGUUUUAUCCUGGCUUGACCUCGUUCUUUGUAGGAUCCUGCCCAGGAGAGAAGCAACCUAGGGCACAGGAAAUUACAUGGACCCAGGAGCGCUUAAGAGGGGAAAGCUGUACCCCAAGAUGUGUGACCCAGGCCUCCCUGGAGCCAAGCAAGUGUUCCAGCCCUCACUAGCUACCUCCCUUGGGGACAGCUGUCCUCAGGCUUCCCCAAGCCACUGAUUCUGAGCUGAUGACAGGCAGCACUGAAUGUAUUCUGCCUUGCUCGGGCUCCGACUGUCUGCCCGAGAGGACAGAGACGAGAGCCACUGGAAGGCCAGGCACCAGCCUGCGGCCCAGGAGUGGGUCUCCAGCCCACUGGCCUCGGUUCUUCUUCUUCUUGUUCCAUUUGUCAAAUGCAGCUGUGAAUAUACCUUUCUCAGAGCCGGGCUGUCAGCGGGGGGCGGGGGGGGGGGGGACUGCGCUGGGGCCCUCAUCAGGGAAAAGCACUGGAUCAACACCAAGUGUUACUCAUUGGUUGGUAGCUGGCAUUUGCCUCCCGGAUGGGCCCCAACACUGCUAAUUAAAUGAUUGCGUCUGAUGGCUUGGCACGCCUGUGUGGACCCUGCUGCCCUCCAGUUCUCCCGAACUGUGGUUCCGGGCUUGUGGUUGCGUCUGCUUCCUCGCUGUCCUCCAAGUAGGGAGAAGGUGGUUUUGCUGACUAGUCUGGGUCAAAGAUGAAAGUGCAGUUCUGUUUGCCAGGGACUCCCCUUGCCUUGAGCCCCGGGGCAGGGUAUUCUUGGAACGACUUGGUGUCACUCACCUCUCACUACCUGCCUUUGCUCACUUCACUCUGUGAUAACUAUAUGCUCACGAGGCACCGGGAAUACCGCCAAGAGCGAAACUGACAAAGGACGUGCCUGGUCGGGGGGCGGCGCCUUAAUGGAGACAGGAGGUGAAUGACAGAUACACAGACACGGUUAUUACAAAUUGUAGCAAGUUGCCCUGAAGGAAAUAAACAGACUAUUGAAAACAGAGCCACAGAGAGCUCCUGGAAGGAUGAAAAUGCAAACAGCCGAAUGGGAAGGGAAGCAGGGAGGCGGAGCGAGGGCAGGCUGGGAGGGGCUGGAAAAAGUCCGAUCACGUGGCCUGGUAAAGCUGGUAAGGAGUUUGUUAUUUAUUUUAUUUUUUUAGAUUUUUUAUUUAUUUGACAGAGAGAUAGCACAAGUAGGCAGAGCAGCAGGCAGAGGGAGAGGGAGAAGCAGACUCCCGCCGAGCAGGGAGCCCGAUGUGGGGCUCGAUCCCAGGAUCCUGGGAUCAUGACCUGAGCCGAAGGCAGACGCCCAACGACUGAGCCACCCAGGCGCCCCUGUUAUUUUAUUCUAAAGUCAAAGCCGCGUGACAUUUGGCCUCUCCCAGAGCAGUAGGGGAUCCUAAUCUGAUUUGCAUUUUGUUUCUUUGUUCAUGACUUGCGUUUGAAAUGCCCAUUUCAGGGGCUGCAUAAAGGAGGCCUAGGGACCCACACAAGAGUCGAGGCACCGAAGGACAGUAAGCCCCCCAUUUUGAAUUUCACUGACGUCCACAGGGCCACACAUCCCGUGCAGCAUACGGACCGGGAUCGCUGAGAGUUUGGGCAGGUCAGCGGUUUCUCCUGGCACUUAUAUAUGCUUCUCAAUUCAAGGGAACCCUUUAUUCCUUAGAACAUUUUCCCCAAGUGUGUAACACUGAAAUUUCUUUUUUUAAAAAUUUUAUUUUAUUGUUAUGUUAAUUGUAACACUGAAAUUUCUAAAAGCAUGAACUACUUACUGACUUUUUUAAAAGAAAAGGCACAUUUGAAAUUGAAAUAUUUUUACAAAAAUACUGUAACCAUAUGUUGGGGGCUCUGGGCUAUCACAAAGGAAAUCAUGGUUUGAAAAUGUUGAAAAAAAAUCCUUUCAAACAUACAAUAAGUUUAUAAUUUUUGAAAACAUGAAACAAUGAGCAAACCCAUGUUUUCUUAAGUCAUCAAGACAUGCAUUCAAAUUCUCACAUUCUAGGGCCUUGGGAAACAUCAUUUUUGAGAAGGUAGCGGAUAAUUUUUUUAAAUGAUGAUUACAACUG